GUGACUGUCACAUGACCAAACAUUCAUCAACAGCGAUUGUCUCAAGCAAGUAUACCGGGCGGAGCUAGAACAUCAACGAUGCCGCCGACAGACAAACCACAGCGAUACCCAGGGGAAUGUGACGAAACACACCCCGAAAUAUUCACUAUUGUUCCAAAACAGCCUACAGAGAAGAAACCAGGACAGUUGCCACAGCAUAUGAUUGACCAGUUUUUCAAAGAGGGUUAUGUUGUUGUGGAUUGAUUUUUUGAUUGUGAAAAAGAACUGGAUCCAUGUUGUGCAGCAAUUAAAGAUAUGGUAGAUGGUUUGGCCAAUAAACUUUAUAAGGCUGGAAAAAUAAAACAAUUAUAUAAUGAAUAUGGAUUAUUUGAGUGAUUGACCCAUUUAGAAAGAGAGUUCCCAGGUGCCAAUAUACUUCUUCAUAAAGCAGGCCAACUGCCACAGCCCUUGAAGAAUUUAUGGACCAAUGAAAGAUUAUUAAAUGUGGUUGAACAACUGAUUGGACCGGAAAUAUCAGGACAUCCAGUUUCGAAUCUUCGGACGAAAACUCCCCAGAAUGAAGCCACCACUGUUCCUUGGCAUCAAGAUUCUGCGUACCUGGAUAAUCAUUCCUAUAAAGUACUUCAACCAACAGCUUGGAUUCCAUUGUUAAAUGCUACUGAGCAAAAUGGUUGUAUGAGGGUGUUGAUUUAGAAAAAGAUAUAAAAUGUUGUCCAAUUCCAUAUGGGGGAAUGUUGCUGUUGAAUAACAUGAUACCACAUCAUAGUUUGCCAAAUAUGUCCAAUGAAAUAAGAUGGAGUUUAGAUUUCCGCUGGCAGCAGACAGGACCCUCACCAGGAUUUUACGAUAUGAAAGAAUGCAUUAUAAUGCGUACAGCUAAAAACCCAGACUUUAAAAUGGAUUGGUCAGCAUUCGAUGGUGUUGAUCGUCAUAUCAUAGCAGCUGAACUAAUUAAAGAAGAUGGGCAAAAGGGUCAAGAUGAAUUUGAUGUAACCAUACAAGGUCCGUGGAUGAAAAAAUGGGAACUGGUCCACAUGAACCAUCAUACCGACAAACUAUUGGAUGAACAAACAAUGACCACAUGGCAUAAGGCUUAAUAAUGAUGACUACUUUAUAUGGAAAAUGGCCUAAUGAUGCUUACUACAUUAAUACAUGUUUUACAAGGGGCUUUUUUUAUUAUUAUUUUUAGAAUUGUUUUAGAUUUAAUUCUACUCUUCUGCUUGUUCUUCUUUUUCUUGUUUGACUGUCUUCGUACAAGUCUAAGAUACUUCCAAUGCAAGUACAAUCAACAUAAAACUUGACAUUCUUGUUCCUUGGACAAUUGCACAUCAUCUUUUUGUUUUUAUGAUGUCAUAAUUCCAAGAUGACUGCAAUGAUGUCAUUGUGAAGUUAUUUUUAAAUUUAUGUGUGACAGGUACCUUGCAGGCUUGUAUUCCAUUCAGGAUAGGUUGUAUAAAUGUAAAUAUAUUGUGAAUAACUGAAUGAACCCGGUUAAUAUUAUGUAUACCACAUUCAGCCAGUAGGCCACCAUUAAAACUGAUUGGAUAGCGUGUAUACAUCUUCCACAUUGAAAGUUCGCUGGUUGGAUUCAAGCAGGAACUAAUUAAACUUGUCGGACAUGUGGUUUAAACCUGAUAAUGCAAUAAAACUGUGAAGUCUCAUGUUCUCCUUUAAACCUGAUAGUGAAUAAACCCCUGUGUUCUCCUUUAAGAACCUGAUAGUGAAUAAAACUGUGAUGUCUCAUGUUCGGCUUUAAGAUGUUCAGAUGAAAUAGUUUUAGCUUUAGAUGAAUUGUUUAUCAGAUUUUUAAAAUUAUUUUACUGAUCGUAAUGUAAACAUUGUUUUGUUUUUUAUUCUAAGUAUUUAUUUGUUAUGUUCAGAUUAUGUUAUGUUUUUAGAUAAUCAGUCCAAUCUCGUGGGUUUUCUCCAGGUCCUCCGGCUUCCUCCCAUUGCUAAAAGACUCCUAUGCGCAAGCGAAUUAUGGAAAUAAAAUUGAACCAUAUGUUAGUCACGAAAUGACCUAGAUUGUGUCGAGUGGAUGUUAAACUCCAUUUCUCUCCCUCUCUUUUUUUUUUUAGAUAAUCAGGUUAUCGUUCUUAAUCUAAAGUGUAUAUGUAAUUUUAUUCUGUCGGUCAUGGAAAACAAUGAUAAAUGAAAUGAAAUGGGGUUUAACGUCCUACUGUUCUUCUCCGACUGGGCUAAUGAAGAUGGGCAUAUCCCAUACAUUGUGCUAUGAGGGAAAUUUUGUGUGGACAGCAGCACUACGGCCUACUCUUAUACCGAAUUCGAACUGCCAAGGGAUCUUUUACAUGCACACCAAUGUGUACAAGGAACCUUGGUUUUCGUCCCAUCCGAAUGACUAGACAGCUGUCCUUGUCAGGCCCUCUGUCCUGUACCACUGAAAAGGGGAAACCACACUAGAAAUUUCUGAAAUGAAAUGAAAUGAAAUGUGGUUUUAUGGCACGUCAGCUCUAACCGGGCUAUAUUGCGCCAAACAUAUGGUGAUUAUUUGGAGACAGGCUAAAUUAUAUCACAGAACAAAUUACAUGCAUAAAUAAAAACAAUAUCACAGUAAGUACCAUUAAAAAUAAAAUCUAUCUUUUAUGCAUAUAACUAUCUAAAAUACAAAAAUGAAAUGAUAUAUAAAUACAAAUUAAAAUUUAU